AUGGAACAGUUAAAUCAUAGCUUAGUGACCUAUUUUAUUAUUAAAGGAAUUUCAGAUGUUCCCGCGUUACAGACUCCGAUCUUCAUUACGGUUCUGCUCAUCUACCUUCUCACUGUAAGUGGCAAUAUUACCAUUUUUCUCCUGGUCUGCCUGGACCAUCACCUGCACACCCCCAUGUACUUUUUCCUUGCCAACUUGUCCAUCCUUGACAUGUCUUGCUCUACAGUCGCUCUUCACAUGAUUCCAACCAGCUAUAUAUUUAGAGACAAAACAGUUUCAUUUUCAAACUGUCUGGCUCAAGUAUAUAUCUUUUCAUGCUUUACAUCUCAGGAAUUGUUAAUAUUAUCUGCUAUGGGUUAUGACCGUUAUGCUGCUGUCUGUAAACCGUUGCAUUAUCACAUGGUCAUGAACGGUAGAGUUUGUAGGCUGAUGGCUUUAGUCUGCUGGACAGUAGGGUUUGUAGAACUUAUACCGUAUCUUGUCUUGUUGUUAAAGAUUUCCUGUUAUAAAACUAAUAUAAUCAAUCACUUUUUCUGUGAUAUUAUGCCAUUUAUGAAAAUUUCUUGUAGUGACAACUCUGCUUUGGAGAUUCUGUUCUAUGCUGAAGGUGUCUUGAUUGUGAGUCUGCCCCCAUUUUUGCUAACAUUUUCUUCCUAUGUAUUUAUUAUUAAUUCAAUUUUGAGGAUUCGUUCCAACACUGGGAGGCGUAAAGUUUUCUACACAUGCUCCUCCCACCUUUCGGUUGUCAUCCUUCUUUAUGUGACGCUCCUCAUCCAGUACAUGAGACCUAGGUCUGUAAAUGUCUUAGACUCCAAUAAAAUAUUAUCCCUGUUUAAUACAGCGGCUGUCCCUAUAUUAAAUCCUUUAAUUUACAGCUUAAAAAAUAAAGAUGUAAAGAUGGCAUUGAUGAGACAUUUUAGUAAAAUUAAAAUGACAAUUUAA